AUGGGUGCUUUCAAGAGACUUACGUCUGACUACUCUGCACAUGGCUUCAAGGUUCCCUCAGGCGAAGCUCCAUCCAUUCGUGAUAUAAUAGAGAGCCAGUCCUUUACCAACCAGAUAACCGAAGAAGCCGAAUAUGCGAAGCUUACGAGAAUCAAUAUUCACAGAAACUUGCGGCAAUUUGGAAGCAUCUAUGCGCCCCAAACCCGAAUAGGACAGAAAUUUACUAUGACGUCGUUAAUGAUAGAAGCCCUCUACGACUAUUUAUCUCAGACGCCUGGCUUCUACUUGGAUGAGAUGACUCUCUUCCUCUGGGACGAGCUUCAGGCCUUGGUCACAACCUCCAGUAUCCGAAGAGCCCUUGUCGCCAAAUUUUGGUCCAAAAAGACUGCGCGAUAA